AUUGUCCCUACGUUCAAGGAAGUGAAAGCGCGGGAGAGCACUGAGGGUGUGUGUGUAGAGGGUGUGUGCCCCGUGAGCCUUAUGGGACGUGGCAGCUCCGGGUAGGGGCCCAGCUGGGACGGCAGGCUCUCCUUUGACCAGCUGGCCACCAGUCUUGCGGGAAUCUUGCGCUGGGGAACAAUGCUCCAGUCUCUCUAUUCUGUCUCGCUCUCUCCAUGUCUUUACUCUCUCUUUGCUUCUGUUCUUCUCACUCUCCCCCUGAAGCUCUCUGUCUCUCCCUUUCAGUUCCCUUUGGGGGUCUGUUUCUCUCUACUUCAGUCUUUUUCUGUGUGUACUUGCCCAUGUCACCGUCUCUCUCUGCCACUCCCCUCCCAGGCUGACCACUCUUCCUGGCCUCCUCCAGCUGUGAACGGCUCAGCAGGGCAGGAGCCCCAGAGGCAGCUCCCAGAGGUGCUGAGUGGGGCCUGGGAACCACCUCCAGAGGAUGGACUGCCUCUGCUCACCGUCAUCACCGCCAUGUUUGUCCUGCUGGCAGUCUGUAUUGUGGUGGCAGUCCACUUUGGGCCAAGUCUACACCAGGGCCGUGCCAAUCUCCCCACAGAACCACCAGCCCCAAAGCCAAAGGAUGGCGUCUACCUUACCCACUGGCGAGUGCUGGGCCCUGAGGACAGACAUGAAGACACCCAGGAGGGCCCUCCUGUCUCUAGCUCCUGCCUUGUGCCAGGUGGACCUAAGCUCAGCACUGAUGAAGUCACAUAUCUAUAGGAGGGUGACUUUGGAAAGCUGGUGUGACCUGGCUCAGAACAAGAAACUGAACAGAGAACUAGGGCAAAAACAAACUGGGGCCUGGGUGUCAGUCAGAGCUUCGGAAGGACACAUAUAGACUAAGCUGGAGCUGCCCUUUCUGCAGAGUACAGAGAAAGCCUUGUGUGGACAGGAGAAAAUAAAAGAAGCUUGAAAGCCCAGCCCAGACAUAUGCUAUGUCCAGUCCCUGUGCCCAAGGCUGCCCUUACAAAGCUUCUUUCUCUUCUCCAGGGACCACCAGCCCCCUGAGCCUCCUUCUCCGAGUCCCCACCCCUCCUCCCAUCCCUAAUCUUCUUUCCUUUGGGUGUCAAGGUAAGUUCAUCUUGGAAGAUUCCACCACUCAGCCUACCUUUGUGCAGGGAUGUCAGAGGCUCCCUGUCAAGGCCUGCUGCCCCAGUGCCCAGGUGCCCAUGAGAUCCAGCCAAGGAGUGCCAAGGCAAAGGACCCAGGGCUCUGCCUUCUCUGGGACUCAGGAGAGGAAGGAGAAUCUGUUGCCCUUCACUGAUCGGGGGACAUCCUUUUGACUCUCAGGGCCCAGGACUUGCUAACAAUUUUUAAGGCCCUUGCAAACCCCCAGGCACCAAUUAUGGCUCCCCAAAUUGGCUUUGAAUGGCCCCCAGUCUCUUGGGGCAAGACUCUGCCUUGCCUUCCCACGAUGCGAUGGGGGAAAUUUGGGAGCUCUCGUUACCUUCCCCUCUCUGUGUGCAUGGGACUGUUGGAACUAGCCUAGUAUUUACCCCAGGACAUUUCCCAAAUCCUGGUGGGGAAACAGAAAGAAAAAAAUGAGGAACUUCAUGGAGCUUGUUUGCAGGAAGAAAGGAGUGGAGAGAAGACCUACAGAAGGAGGGACAUGGAGGUUGGGAAGAGGCUGGAAGCCAGGAAGGCAGAGCUGAGCCUCCCAGUGGCUUCCUGGAAAGGUGCCUGAGAAUCUCCUGUGACAGGGAGAAGCUGCUUCCCUCUGCAGAUUCUGGAAUGCAGGUGGGGAGUGGAGUGAGAACCUCACACAUUCCCACUCCAACACACCCAGAGAACUUGCUGGGCAGAUCCGUCAACUCUCCCUCCUCUCCUUCCUACUCUCCCUCCCCAUCCAGCUCAUGGAGGUUAGAGUUUCAUGGAUUCCUAGAGAUAGAAGUGGUUUUAGAGAUAGUGGAAUUCUACCCUCUUGCUUUUAGAGAUAAUGCUUAGAGAAGGGCAGAGACCUGCCCGAGAUCAUGCAGGGAAGGAGUGUCAGAGCUGGGACUGCAGCACUUCUCGGUCUCAAUUCUUGGCCUGGGCUCUUUUGCUUCCUCUACUUCCCUAGAUGAGGUGAGGAGCCCCUAGAGCCUACCUUUUCAUGUUCUACCCAAGACCCAUGGUCAAAGACCUUAGAGCAACCAAGCAUCCCAACCUGGGGAGGUGGACCUCUCUAGGGGAGGAAGGGGCAGGGCUUGACUGCCUGACCACUUGGGAAGUCCUAGGGCGUGAGGCUGUCAUUAUCUCCUUCUGACCCCUGGAAGACCCCUUACUCCUCCUGCCCUCC